UUUAGCUAGCAUUGAGCGAUAGUCAUUUGGACAAAAACACGGAUUUGGCGAUUUUUUUUGUGUGCAAUUAUUGAAAAAAAAACAACAGAUUGAAGGUGACGGUGAUAAAUGUUAAACAGGAUAUUCCCUUCCUGUUCUCCAUUGUGGCGGUAUUAAUGUUGGUGGAGUCUUCGGCAAAUUCGAGAGCAAAAUCAUGUUCACUGCGAUUUUACACCUCAACUCUCUGCGGUACCUUGUUCCAGCCGGGAUGAUGAUGGGCUGCGCCCCCGUGUAUCUUCGGGCUUACCUCGGCUGUCAUGCGCUGAACUACGUGCUGCCAGUGCGUUGGUACCAAGCGAUUGAAGACACUGUUUGGGCCACUUAUCAAAGAGUGGUAGAAUUCUUCUUUGAGCAUUAUACAGGCGUAGAGGUGAUUCUGUAUGGCGAUGCUGAGGAAUGUUUAUCCAAAAAGGAGAAUGUGGUCUACCUCUCCAACCACCAGACGACCUUAGACUGGGUGGUGACGGACAUGGUGGCAUCCAGGGCUGGGUGCUUAGGAAGGAUUCGCUACGUCCUCAAAGAUGGCCUCAAGUAUCUUCCGCUCUACGGAUAUGUCUUUGGUUUGCACGGCUGUAUAUUUGUGAACAGGGCCAAAAGUCGAUUAGCUGCACCUCCAAGUUUUACCAAAGUUGUCAAAAAGUUGAAGCAUCACCGUGAUAAUAAAAUUCCAUCAUGGCUAGUGGUUUUCCCGGAAGGCACCAGGUUUAGGCCAGAAAAAGACGAGGCCAUCAAAACCAGUCAAGCAUUUGCAUUUAAGCAAGGUCUCCCAGUGUUACACCACGUCCUUUCGCCACGGAUCCGAGCCACCCAUCUCUGCGUGGAGGGGUUCCGCGACUACGCAGAUGCUAUCUACGAUGUUACGAUAGCCUACUCCAACACUGGCGAACGUGGAGAGCGUACUGUUGUAAGGAAAGAAGCGCCUUCAAUGCCAGAUUUUCUCAUGGGGAAAUGUCCUCAGAUCCACAUCCACAUGCGUCGCAUCGCCAUGGAAACUGCCCCGUCAGACAUUGUUGAAUUCCACAGAUGGUUACAUGGGGUCUUUGAAACUAAGGAUAGGAUGCUAGCAGACUUUUACUCGGAGGAUCCGGCGAAGAGGGGUCGUCUGGAGGGCGAAGGUCGAAGGUCAAGACUGGGGCUGAUGACUACACUACCGGCCAUCGCUCUUACUGCGGCGUGUAUGGUUCCAUUCGUCAUGAUCAAGGGACAGCAGAGGGCGUACUGGCAGCUCUGGGUCUACGGCGGCAUCUUCACCGUUCUCUGGAUGAAAUUAACUGUCUGAGGAUGCUUUGAAAAGUAAUUUCCACCCCAAUAAUGGUAUCGCAACAAUUGCUUCUAUGACAAAUGCCCCUCCGCUAAUUUCAUUGCACAUAUAAGGAGAUGGUAAAGAGCUCACUUGGUUUGGGUUUCAGAGUCCUGUGAAGAUUUUUUUAGGAAAAGGUACGAGGUUUGAUGCUUGGGCUAAAUGUGUGCAUUUUCAGUGAGAGUGAUUGUCUCAGGAGUGAAUGUUAUGGAACCAGUGGAAAUGUUACAUGGGGGCUCGCUGCUGAACACAAGCCCAUAACACAGUGGUGUGAGCCAGGCUUUAUGAACAGCUUUCUGAAAUUAUAUGGCAUACAUUUUGGAAGGCUAUUUCAUGAAGCAAAUGGUGAGUCUUUAAAGUGACUAUUUGUUACAUGCUAUUGAAACCUUGCGUACAAUUUGCUCAGAGCAAAAUAUGAUAAGAAAAUAAUAAAAUUAUUUUUUUUCAUGAAAUGCAUCCCACAUUCCAGGGGGUUGUUUCACAAAGAUUUAAGUGUGACAUAUAGGGCGUUGCAAGAAACUUGCAAUCAAUUUCAAGCCUAUAUUCGUUCCAAAAUCAAGCAAGCAUAUGCUUUGUAAUUAAUUGCAAAUUUGCUCCAAGAAACAAGGAGUGUAAUCUGAUUUGCUAAAGUUAAAAGUGAUCAAUCAAUGGUAAAAUUGCAACAGAAUAUUUGUGAUUGAUUGCAAAUAUUUUCUUGCAUCACCGCCUUAGAGAUCCAUAUUAAUUUCCGUUUGCGUUGUAUUAUAUGUUUCAAUUUAUAUAAGGCGUCACCUCAUCGAUCUUAUUAUCAGGACGUGCGUGACUGUGUAUUAAUCAAUAAGAUUGUGUGUUAUAUAUCAUGGGUGCGUGAGCAUUCAAGCAUGACAAAGUCACAGUAAAAUCUUUUGUGAAACAACCACCCAAGAGUGCUGUACAGUUGUAGUUCAUAAAAAUACAAGUACUUCUGAAUUCAGAGUACAGAAAUAUUUGUCAAUUUGUAAUGUUGCCAUUCAUGGAUUUUGGAGACAUAUUUUUCCCCGGUUCUUUUCAUUAAUACUAAACAAUGAAAUAUCAUUUAUGUUGCAAUAUUCUCUAUUUUAGCUUAUUGGUACUUAGUUGAAGGGCCCAGUUUCACAAAUGCUGGUUUUAUCUUGGUCACAACAGCUGUUGGAAAAUCAAUGAUUUCAUUGAUACCAAUGGAACAUGAAAGAUAGCAUAUUAUUAUUAAAAAAAAAUCAAGAUUAUUUAUUGUAAAGGAAUUGAUCCUUGUAUUGCUCUCAUGUGUAUUUUGGGUAAUGGCUGUUUGCUAGCUAGAGUCAAAUUGAAAUGUAUUUCCAAAAGAUUGAGCUGUUUGAAGAGGGAUCGUGUGACAUGCAGUUAAGUACAAGCACUUGAAGCAAAUAAUGAUUCAAAUCAAUGUAAAAUGGUAUCAUCGUAGGAUGUAGAUCUUAAUGUGCCAUUCUUGGGCACAUGUGUGACCAAAUAUAUGACAGAUCUUGACUUAAAUUAGUUAUAAAUCUAAAAAAAAUGUAUAGACUACGUGUCUCUAAUAUGUAGGUUCAAGGUCAGAGGUCAAAAGAAGUGGGUCAUGUGUGUGACCUCACACAAAGGCAUGAUGUUGAAAGUUCAAUUUCAUCUUAAAAUUCCUGUGCAUUUCAAAACGAAAUUAAACUUUCGAAAUCAUCAGUCAUGAUUAGUUAUAAAUCUCUAAAACUGUUAGAUUUAUAACUUAUUAAAUGUGGAGAUUUGUUGAGAUUUGUAAAUCUUUGCGUCAUGCCUAUUGUUCAGGAGGAUGGAACAAUAGACCAUCCCCCCCCCGGACAAGAGGUGUGAUACAAGGAUUUACACCAGUGUACAUACAUGACCAACAAUGGCCCCAAUUCAUUUAGUGUAUGAACAUAACUCUAUCAAAUAAUGCAAUCUGAGCUUCAAAAAAAAAAAAAAAAGAAUCAUACUGAAGAUCCCAACACUGAUACAUAUAUGUACUUGUUAGACAGUAUCUCAUUAUUGCUUCAACAAAAGACCAAACACUCAGCUUUAAUGCCAUGCUUAUUUUGUAAAUUUCUCGGCAGUUAUUCUUUUUUCUACCACAACCAUUUUGGAUAUUAUUUUAUCUUUUCACUUGGAUGGUCAUUAGAUUGCUUUCGGUUCGAACUACGUUUCUUUCAGUGACCUUCCAGUGAGAUGUAUAUAUAUAUUUUUUGUAAUGAAUAUAUGUUUCCCUUUGUAAAAGGGGGAAUCACAUUUGAAUAUACAAAUUCUCCACCCUGUCUGGACAUUAUGGGUAGAAGUGGGAUCUGUAUUUUUAAUAUGAAAUUCUUUGUUCAUAAUUUAUUGAUGGUGUGUAAGAUAUUUGAUUUCAUUCAAUGUUUUAUACCAUUUCCAUUGACCAGUAUCUCUGAAUUCCGCAUUUUUCACAUGUGUAUGAACAUUUUGGAGUAUACUCUACUAGUCUACUUUUAAAUUUCUAUUGCUUGAAAUUAUAUUGCAUAUUGCUAUGCAACAGUUUUUGCCAUUUUGAAUGUGAUUGUGCAUUAUCUAUUUGAAUUAAAAAGAUGCAGUAAUGCCUUUAUUAGAAUUACCCAGUA